UACUUGUUUUCUCUUAGAAAGUAAUAGGAAAUUGCUGCAACGAUUUCAGACUACCAAUACAAGCAUAUACAAAAUGCUAUAAAUACAUCCUCAAACAAACCAAUUUAUUCAUCAAAUCAUCUAUUUAUAAUCCUUUGAUUUGUAUUUUCCUUUUUCUUUUUUCUUUUUUUUUUGGCGAAAUGAUGCAUAAACCACUUUUUCUUGUGCUUACUGCAAUAUUCUCCAGCCUGGUGGUUCAGCCAGUAAUUGGAGCUAAGGGUUUCAGUGUGGAGCUUAUUCAUCGUGAUUCGCCAAUAUCUCCUUUCUAUGAUCCUUCUCUCACCUCAUCACAAAUCCUAAGAAAAAAUGCCCUCCAUUCCAUGGACCGUCUGAAACACUUCCAAUCCUUGAUUGAUCAAAGCACCAUCCAAUCUGCAGUGACUCCAAAUGGAGGUAUUUAUCUGAUUAAUCUCUCCUUUGGAACCCCACCAGUUGAAUACAUGGCCGUUGCAGACACUGGAAGCGACCUUAUAUGGAUACAAUGUGUUCCAUGUCCUCAAUCUCAAUGUUAUCCACAAGGUUCUCCCCCUUUCGAUCCUCAAGCAUCUUCCACCUACAAAAAGAUUCCUUGCGGUUCCGAUAGUUGCCAAGCUCUUCCCCGAUAUCAGUGCUCCAACGACGUUAAUGACUGUCAAUACUUGUAUAGAUACGGAGACAAGUCAUUUACUAGAGGAAUCCUCAGCACCGAUACCAUAACUUUUGACGACUCCAAUGGUCAAAAAACAGCUUUCCCAACAUCCAUUUUCGGUUGUGGGCACAACAAUCUAGGUAAAUUCAGAAGCCCAAGUGCUGGUCUUGUUGGCCUGGGAGGAGGGCCGUUGUCACUUGUUUCUCAAAUAAGCACUCAAAUUGAUCACAGAUUUUCCUACUGCUUGGUUCCUCUCUCUGCGAGUUCCAGUAGUAAACUGCUGUUCGGCCAAGAAGCAAUAAUUUCUCGUCCUGGGGCUGUUUCCACUCCAUUGGUAUCCAAAGCCCCUCAAACCUACUACUACCUUAGUCUUGAAGGUGUUAGCAUUGGAGACAAGACCGCACAGGCAGGUUCGAGCCAAGGGAAUAUCAUAAUCGAUUCUGGAACAACACUCACAUACCUAGAAUCGAGCUUUUAUAGCAGCUUAGAGACUAUAGUGAAAGACGCCAUUGGAGCAGAUCCAGUGCAAUCUCCUUCAGAAUCAUUUAGCUUGUGUUACGGGUCAGAGACUAACAUCAACGUCCCGGAAAUGGUGUUCCAUUUUAGUGGUGCUGACCUUCGUUUGCAACCUGUCAACACGUUUGCUAAUUUCGAUGACAACUUGGUUUGUAUGCUGAUAGCUCCAACUUCAAGUGACCUUCCCUUAUCUAUAUUUGGAAACUUUGCACAAAUCAAUCUACAGGUGGAGUACGAUCUUGAGAAGAGGACUGUGUCCUUUGUUCCCACAGAUUGUACCAACCAAUAAAUUUGUUAGUUUCCAAUUGCAUGCAUGGCGGCGGCCGCGGACUCGAGUAAAUAUCACUAAAUAACAAUUCCAAACGCCGCUUAGCUUUUUAAAUUCCUCACUACCUUAUAUACUUUUCUUGCUUAAUUGUAAUAUCCAUGUCAGUAUACCGGUGACAUGAAAACAUCUUGCAAGAUGAUAUUAUGGCUAAUUAGUACUGAAACUAAAAGUUUCUGGCUGCUGCAAAAUUUAAUUGCUGAAUUUUUGCUUUAACAACAGUUUACAGGCAUAUAUGAGACA